GCUGUGGUAGCGGUCUCGACUCUCGCCGCCCGCCGCCGCCGCCGAAAUCGCCGAGGAAGGCGAGGCUUUCCUUGACGGAUGGAUUUGGGGUCCUGUUACCUCGGCGGCAACGCCGACGCGGUGGAGUUCUGCCCGCACCGCCCCUUCCGCCACGUCCUCGCCGCCGCCACCUACACGCUGCAGGAGCAGGAGCAGGAGCACGGUGAGGAGGAGCGGCAGGACCGGGCGGGCACCGUGUCGCUCUUCUCCGUCGACGCCGACGAGGAGGACGCGUCCCGGAGGCUCCGGCUGCUCCACACGGUGGAGACCGCCGGGGUCUUCGACAUGAAGUGGAGCCCCCUGGCGCCGCUGCUCGCGCGGGCCGACGCCCACGGCUGCCUCGCGCUCUGGCGCCUGGAGCAGGAGGAGGACGGAUCGGACGAAGGUGCUAUUCUCAGGGAUGUCUGUUCUGGAGACAUUUCUUCUUCUAUGUGCUUGUUUGUGGACUGGAACCAAACUGCCGAUUCUCUUUCUGUCGGAUUAUCAGAUGGUUCACUGUCUGUGGUUUCCAUGAGAGAGGACCGCUUGGAGGUAUCAGAACAGUGGACUGCUCAUCAGUAUGAAGUGUGGACAUGCUAUUUUGAUCGUGCAAAGCCACACUUGUUGUACAGUGGCUCAGAUGACUGCUCUUUCAGCUGCUGGGACUUACGCCAGAGCCCAUCGAAUUCUGUGUUUCAGAACAAAAAGUCACAUAAUAUGGGUGUCUGUUGCAUCGCCCAGAAUCCACUGGAACGGAACAUGCUACUUACUGGAAGUUAUGAUGAAUUUCUCAGAGUUUGGGACAUGAGAUCAAUGGUGAAACCUGUUAGCGUGAAAUCCCUAAAUUUAGGGGGUGGUGUAUGGAGGAUUAAAUAUCAUCCUGUUAUUGCGGAUGUCGUCUUGGCUGCAUGCAUGCACAAUGGAUUUGCCAUUGUUAAAGUUGGUACUGGGGAUGCUGCAGUAAUGGAGACAUAUAGCAAGCAUGAGUCCUUAGCAUAUGGUGCAGAUUGGCAGACAAGAGAAGGUGCAGAACAGAGCAAGAAUUGUUCAGUUGUUGCUACCUGUUCAUUUUAUGACCGGCUCCUCCGUGUGUGGCAACCGGAGAACCUAGAAAAUCUUUAAGAGUGAAAGUAUCAUUGCUCUCUGUUGAAGUAUCACUAUAUGGACCUGUUUACUGAAGGAAACAAUUAAUUUUAUUCAGUUCCACAAGCAUAAUGAAGGAAGGGAAGGUUUCAGGUGUCGCUUGAUAAAAUAUGGAACAUGGGGAUAGGCUAUGUUAUGGAUCUGGUUCGCAUUUCAGGUGUCAUUUUAUUGCUGGUGACCGAUUCUGGGUUCCUGCAAUAGAUUUAGCUGGAGAAGUACCUGCAGACAUCAGCAACCUCAUCAAGGUAUAAAGUAGCCCUACCCCUCUCGUCUUGUUCGUACUCAGUACUAACCAUGGAAGAUGAAUGGCUUGAACAUGCACAUGGUUCUUGAGAGAGCAGAAGCAGGAGGAGGAUGGAGAGCAAUGGCUGAGGUCCAGCUCAAGAAGCUCUUCGACUCCAUGGUGCAUUUCCUGGCCUCCUAGGUGGUUGGCUGAGGUAUGCACAAACCGGCAAGUCACAAAACGGCAUUGGUGAGCUCCAGCAGGAGUACACCCCCUUUUUUUUCUUCUCCCGUUCUAUCCUUCCAGUUGUAUCAGGUGGUAGCGAAAUAACCAGAAAUCGCUGUGGUGAUGAUCGAUGAAUCCAUUGAUCCUUCAUUGCUGAGUCAAUGUUUGUUUUAUGUGUAGUAUGAAGAUCACUCUACUAAUAAAUGGCUGCUUUUUAUCUAGAAAAAUGCUAUGUUAUCUCAUUUGAUUGUCCUUGGUAGUUGACAUCCUUUUGCCAGUUAGCAGUUGGCCAUAUCCUUUACUUCGAGAUAAAUUUGUUUGUGCUGGAACAGUGUAAAUUGUAUGUCAUUUCAUUUCUGUCU